AUGUUUUCACUUAGUGCUAUACCAUUUAUAUUACUACCAUUGACUAUAGCAAGACCGAUAGACCUUGAUGGUAAUGGUAUUCCAGACUUCUGUGUUCCCCAGGAUAACGGAUCAACACUCUGCCUCGAUCCAAAUGGGAAGUGGAUAGAACCACCAUCGCAGGAUGUUGUUGCCCCACAAACAACCUCACCUCAGCCAACUGCAACAACGGGAACACAGAACCCAACAGACUCUACAGCACCCCUCGUAGCGUUACCAACAGCAUCAAGCCUUCCACCACUCAACCCAUUUGGCAAGACCGCAGACUUUGCUUCCGCAAAAGGCACCAAAUGGGACAUCUCCUACAUCGGAGACAUCAAGUACACCGGCUCCUUAGCCACCAAGUCAGUCUAUGGGGACAAGUGCCGCACCAGCAAGAUCGGCUCCAAGGUCAUCUGGAACUGUGGCGAUAUGAGCUGCAACCCCAAUGUUGACGUCUGCGGCUUCGCCAUGGGCCCGGCGUUCUACGGGACAGACGAUGUGAUGACUAUCGACACCGACGACGUCACAAGUGUCCAGAACAAUAACUUCGUUGAGCCCUGGGUCGGAGAUGCGCAGCCGGAAGCACCACAGACAUCUUGGGGAAUGGAUACCAGCAACGUCGCACCCAUCAACGAUACGCACGGCGUGGCGUUCGCGCGACAGAUCUGGCGCGGUGCUCCUGAUGGGUCGUAUGCAGAUCAGGGCAACGCCGUUGCGUCGAUCACGCUUGGCCAGACCAUGCCGAAGGCUACCCGCGUGGGACCCCUGCUCACCGGACCGGACAUUGCCGAGUUGGGGCUGGUGGCUAUCCUACGCGACGGCGAGUAUAUCUACGUCUACUCUAUGGCCGGCCCAUCCAAAGUCGCCGUCAGUCGUGUUCCUGCCUCUGACGACGUCUUCGACCGCGCCAACUACGAAUCACUUGUCUACGACCCCGACAGCUUGUACACCAUGGGCACCUGGCACGCCGGUCUCCCGCUCAAAGACACCUCCUCGUCCGCCAGCAGCCCCUCAUCCCCCAAUACCAACACUGCCAGCCCCAUCUACGGCAUGACGACCCUCGAGCCUCUGUAUACCAUCAUUUGCAAUAUCUUCAUGUCGUUCACGAAUAUGUAUCUCUCCGACACUCCUUACGGACCUUGGAGUACAGGCUACAGCCUGCUCAGCGAGGUCAGUGGGUAUGGCAGUCAUGCGCAUCCGGAGUAUUCGGAGGAGGGUGGGAGGACUAUCUACUUCAGUCAGGGUCCAAAUGGCCAGUUUCAGAUGUAUAAGGUCACAUUCGAUGGGUAUUGA